AUGCCAGGAAACCUUAAUACUAUUAGAUCAGUCAAUACAGAUCAAACCAAUGCCAGUAAUUCACCAAUUUCUAUUGCAGUUUCUACUACAAGAAGUUUGAUCGAAAGAGGAAGGAACUGGUUUGCAAACAGUUCCCAUCUACAUUCAGGUGUUAACAGAAUAUUUGAUGGUUUUAGGUCACGUCGUUCCAGAAAUGUUGAUCAUGAUCUAGAAGAUGCUGAAGUUAACCAACAAAAUUCAAAUUCUAGUGCUUCAUCUCUUGAAAGAACAAUUUCAAGAACAGAUGGCAUCAUAGCAAUUAAUAACGAAGCAAUCAAUGAGAUCAGAAGAUUGCAAGCAUCAUCUGAACCAAGCAAUUUUUACUCAAUUCAAGAACUUCAACAGCUCAAAGAAGAUUUAAGAGAAAGAAAUCAUGAAAUUAAUGAUGUGCAAAAGCAAAAAAUUGGAAAUUAUGAAAAACGUAUUAAUAAUAUUAAUCAAAUUGAUGACAACAAUGGUAUUUUUGGGAAUAACAAUCACAAUGAUGAUGAUCAAAUUAAUGAUGAUAAGAAUGGUCAUGCUGUGAAUGAUAAUGAUCAAAUUGAUGAUGAUACCAAUGGUAAUGUUGAGGUUGUUGACAAUGAUAUUAGAUCUAAUCAUGAUGAUACCAAUGGUGAUGUUGAGGUUGUUGACAAUGAUAUUAGAUCUAAUCAUGAUGAUUCCAAUGGUGAUAUUGAGGUUGUUGAUAAUAAUAAUGCCAUUAAGCGGGAAAAAAUAUCAAAAGAAAUGUCUAAAGCAAAGGAGGUAUUUUUUGAAAAAAUAAAGACAAUAGAUUCCUUUGUGUUUCCUUACAAAGACAAGAAAUUAGGGACCUUCAGAAAAUUUGCUAGUUUACCAAGAAUUUCCAAAAGGAAAAAAGAACAGAUUUGUUCUGAUGCUGCUAAUAAAUCUUUGAAAGAUGUUGAUCUUGCCAGUUUGAAAUUGGAUUAUACGGCUGUUAAAAGCUGUCUCGAAGAAAUCAUUCAGAAAUAUUCAAAAGAUGGUGAAAUGCCUAGUAAAGAUUGA